AUGGAGGAAUCAAUGCCCCGCGGGGAGAUCAUCGGGGUUGUGAUUGGGGGUGUUGUGAUAUUUGCCCUGAUCAGCAUGAUUCCGUUAACUAUCAUCUGGUGCCGCCGACGAGUCAAUCACGAGACUUCAUUGAAUCGCGACGAGUGGAGGCUCGGGAAUCAACAGACCCAGCAAUUACCCCUGCAGGAUGUCCUGGGGCAUCCAGUCUCGGUGGACCGAUGGCUGGAAGAACAAAAUGUGCCCACAAAUUCCCAGCAAUAUGGCCAAGACACUUGCUCCAUCUGCCUCUGCGCACUGUCGUCGCCGAUCUACCCGACCUAUCCACAUGCAGCUAUUCUAGCCCGGAGUCAACGCACUCAAUCCCCAAUUCGGACAGAAAAUCCCCAUGCACACGCGGCGCGGGACCCUAGCCACGAGACCAUUGUCUUGAAUCGAUGCAAACACGCCUUCCACCUGGCUUGUCUAAAGUCUUGGUUUGAAUAUCGUCGGUAUAAGUGCCCGAUCUGCCAAGCUUCGUAUUCGCCCGAGGAGGAGGCAUGCGGAUCAAGACCACCAUCCUGA